AUGAGUAAAGAGAAGAACUAUCUGAGAUGUGGAGAUUCAACUCCACUAAGCCAAAACCGGUUUGUGACAUUAACACUUACACAUGACAGCCUUGAAAAAUCUAGUCAGUGUCUUCCAUUGGCAUUCAUGAGAGAAAAUGGCAUGGACAAACCGGGGAUGAUAACUCUGUUGGGAAAAGAUGGUACAAAGUGGCUGGUAAAUCGACGGGAAGGCACAAAACAAAUGAGUUUGGGAAAAGGCUGGAGAAAGUUUGCGAUAGCAAAUGGCUUAAAGACGGGUGAAUCCUUCACGUUGGAAACAAUCUGGGAAAACGGAACUCCAAUGCUGAGUUUGUUCAAUACAGACUCCACAAGUAUUACAAGGCAACAAGGAGAGAAUUGUUCAAAAGCUAGCGAGAAAGAACAUGUUUCCACAAAGCCUAACAGUGGAAACAAGAACAGUAGAGAGGAGAUGAGAGAAUCAUCUUCAGCAAUCCAAAAUCGAUUCGUGACAUUAACACUCACACUUGAAGAUGUCAGAGACUGUAAAUUAAUUCUUCCUAGUCAAUUCAUGAAGGCUAAUGGCAUCAACAAGCUUGGGAAGAUAGCAUUGUUGGGUAAAAACAGAACGAAGUGGGUUGCAUAUUUACUGUCAAAAGAAGGAACUGUGGCUCUAGGAUGUGGUUGGAAGGUAUUUUGUGAGGGGAAUGGCGUGAAAACAGGAGAGUCCUUCACUUUGGAAUUCAUUCAUGAACAAGACGCAACUCCUGUAUUUGAGUUUCGUCCAAGCUCUAGAGACUAA